AUUUGCACCUAUUUUGGCGAGAGAAAUAUUUUUUGUUUGUUUACUUUCGAUUACCAAGUGCGUGUGAUAUUCCAACAUGUCGGCGCCUGUCCUGGGACCAUCCUCCAACGAGAAAGGCCUCUCGAAGGAGCAAACGGAGUCCAAUUCCCCUACUUCAGAUAGCGAUUCUGAGAUCCAGAGUGUUACGCCUGAGUAUGGAUCGUACCACAAUCAUGUUUUUGCAAGUCCGUCUGUAGCCGAGUAUUGGAGGCAGGUGUAUGAAAAGGCGCAAUAUGAGGGACGGCAUCGAUUUGAUCCAUUAUUCACGUGGACUGCCGAGGAGGAGAAAAGAGUGAGGAGGAAGAUCGAUCUGAGGAUCAUCACAUGGGCAUGGAUGAUGUUCAUGGCUCUUGACCUGAACAGGAGAAACAUCAAUAGAGGUUCGUCCACUUGA